UGCCUCUAAUGACUGCGAACUGUUUCUGGAAGUUAGGAAUUCGAUCCGGCACAACUUGUCACUCCACAGCCGAUUCGUGAGGGUGCAGAAUGAAGGCACUGGGAAAAGCUCUUGGUGGAUGAUCAAUCCAGAUGGUGGAAAAGGCGGCAAGGCACCCCGGAGACGUGCUGUGUCCAUGGACAACAGCAACAAGUACACCAAGAGCAGAGGGCGGGCGGCUAAGAAAAAGGCAGCCCUGCAGACCGCCCAGGAAACAAGUGAGGACAGCCCUUCUCAGCUCUCCAAGUGGCCAGGGAGUCCCACAUCCCGCAGCAGUGACGAGCUGGAUGCAUGGACAGAUUUUCGCUCCCGUACAAAUUCAAAUGCCAGUACGAUCAGUGGCCGCUUGUCACCAAUUUUGGCAAGCACUGAACUAGAUGAUGUUCAAGAUGACGAUGCUCCACUUUCUCCCAUGCUGUACAGUAGUCCAUCGAGCUUGUCCCCAUCGGUAAACAAACCAUGUACUGUGGAGUUGCCUAGGUUGACUGAUAUGGCUGGGACAAUGAACUUGAAUGAUGGACUGACAGAUAACCUCAUGGAUGAUCUCUUGGACAAUAUAACACUCCCUCCCUCCCAGCAGUCACCCACAGGAGGGAUAAUGCAGAGAAGCUCCAGUUUUCCUUAUGGUUCCAAAGGUUCAGGGCUGGGUUCCCCGUCAAGUAGUUUCAACAACGCUGUGUUCGGGCCGUCGUCUCUGAAUUCCCUCCGCCAGUCGCCCAUGCAGACAAUUCAGGAGAACAAGCAGGCCACCUUCUCUUCCAUUUCUCAUUACAACAACCAGACGCUGCAGGAUCUUCUUGCCUCUGAUGCACUUAGUCACAGCGAUGUCAUGAUGACACAGUCUGACCCACUCAUGUCACAAGCCAGCACAGCUGUGUCUGCCCAGAAUUCCCGCAGAAAUAUAAUGCUCCGCAACGACCCUAUGAUGUCGUUUGCUGCACAGUCCAGCCAGGGUGGUCUGGUCAAUCAGAACCUGUCACAUCACCAGCACCAGUCCCAUAACUCCUCUCUUAGUGGCAGCCGUGCCUUGUCCAAUUCCAUCAGUAACAUAGGCUUAAGUGACUCCAACAGCUUGGGAUCCACCAAACAUCAGCAGUCGCCUGUCAAUCAGUCUAUGCAAACACUUUCUGACCCGCUGUCAGGCUCCUCUUUGUACUCUUCUAGUGUGAACCUCCCGGUCAUGGGACAUGAGAAAUUCCCAAGUGACUUGGACCUGGAUAUUUUCAAUGGGAGCCUGGAGUGUGACAUGGAGUCCAUUAUCCGCAGUGAACUCAUGGAUGCCGAUGGGCUGGAUUUUAACUUUGAUUCCCUCAUCUCAGCUCAGAAUGUUGUCAGUCUGAAUGUGGGGAACUUCACUGGUGCUAAACAGGCUUCAUCACAGAGUUGGGUGCCAGGCUGAAGGAUCUUUGAGAGCAGGGAAAAUGGGCAAACAGGCCCUCAAACUGACACGAGAUGUAGAGAGAGAACCCUUUGCCAAAUCUGCUGUCAGCAAGUGGACAGUGAUACUGUUUACAGCUUACAACCUUUGUGAACCCUGCAUUAUUUUCCUAAUGAAGCAGACUGUUAAUAGGCCCCUUACCGGAGUGAAGAUCCUACUUUUUUUUUUACUUUUUUUUUUCUUCCCCUCCUCUUUUUGUUGGAAAUUGAACUCAUUCUGAAGUAUGCAAAAUCUUCCUUUUCUGGGAUGGCCAAGCACCUGCUGUGGAGACAAUGUUCAGCACCAUCCUGUUGAGAACACACUGUGUAACCUUUUACAGUAGUUAUUUGUCAAUGAGUAUGUGGUGUUUCAAUAUAUUAAUGGUUUAUGGGA